AGAGAGAGAGAGAGAGAGAGAGAGAGAGAGAGAGAGAGAGAGAGAGGUGCUGAGCCUGCAUUUCCCACCGCCACCCCCCCAGCCCCAGCCAUCAAACAAAGGUCCCCGGUAGGUCCUGGGAAAUCCUGGAACCCUGAAAGCUAGAACAUCGCCUUCUUCAAAGUCUGUGUGUCUGGGGUGGGAAUGCGAGCCUGGGAGCUCGGGGUCGGUCCAGCCCCUUGCCCCCGCCCCACUUAGUAGCCAGGCUGAUGUGAAGCUGGGGCUCCCCUUCCAGUGAAAGCGGAAUGGGGCGUGGGGAGAGAGGGAAUGCAGGUGGGAGGCUGUGCAGGUGCAGCGCUGGGGUAGGUGGUUGACAUCUGGUGGGGAAAGAAGGGGGGAGGAGCCCCAAAGGGGGGAGGGGGAGAGAAGUGGCUGGCUUCUCCUCACCCCACCCCCCCCACCCCCAACCUCUCAGGCCCUGGCGCUUCCCCCAUCCGGCUCCUAGCCCUUGGGUUUUUUAAUUAAAGUUGGUCCUCCUGGCCGGGCUAGACUUGUCUAAUUGUAUCCAGGUCCCUGAGGUUUCCGCCGCGGUGUGACGUCACAGACAGCGGGUGUGACGUCACAUAGUGUUGCCUGGGCGACGCCGCUUGACAGCUCCGACCUCAAGGGGACAGGGAGGCAGGCAAGAAGGCCUGGCUCUGGCUGGACGUUAGUGGGGUGGGGGGGUGCGACAGGGAGGGGUGAAGAAAGAGAAGGAGCAUCCCCUGACCUUCCGGCCGCUUCUUCUGUGACUGCACAGGGGCUCAGCGGGCUGAGCUGACCUAAAUCUGGCUGGAGCUUUGGCAGGGACUGGAAUAGGCGCCCCAGACUCUGAGCUGAUCCAAGCUCGCCCCCCCACCCCCACCCCACGUUAAUCUUAGGGCUUUGCCAUGGGGGGGAUCAGCUAUGAUUGGCUUUCGGGACAGUGAGUGCUGACCCUCUGCCAGAGUGGACUUGGCCCCAAUAUGGAACCCCCAAAUAAUGAGAGGCUGAAGUCUCUCUGCCUUCUUUUGGACCUUGUUUAUUGGGGGGGGGGGCUGGAAGAAAAUCUUUCCCCUUGAAUAGUUGCUCCAGAGGGGUCCUUAGAGGUCAUCUCCUGCCAGAUUAGCCCUCCACCUCCCCCCUGCCAAAGAAGGGGAAAUGACUUGCCCAAGGUCACACCACUGGCUGGUGGCAGAGCCAGAGGAAGAGCCCAGGACUUGGAGGUCUUUGUGGCUCCACCAGAGCCAUGAAGGAGCCUCCCGUCUUCCAGAAAAGGAAACUGAGGACCCGUCGCCCCCCCCCCUCGGGGCUGGGGGCUGGGAGGAGAAAGGCCCGGCGGCUUCCUGCUCCCUCUGUCUCCGCAUUCCUCCAAAAAGCUAAUAUUCAUGAAAGUGUGAGAGAGUGCAGUGAGCCUCGAGCCCACCUCCGCCUCCACCAUGUUAGCCUGUCUGCAGCGCACCCAGAACCCAGCUCCCCAGCACCUCCCCUGCCCCAACAAGACCCUGGAGCUCCGGAAGUGUGAGCCGGUGAGCUCCAUGCAUUCCCCGCGGUACCCGAGCCCGGCCGAGUUGGACGCCUACGCCCAGAAGGUGGCCAACAGCCCUCUCAGCAUCAAGAUCUUCCCCACCAACAUCCGCGUUCCGCAGCACAAACACCUCAGCCGCACCGUCAAUGGGUACGACACGACGGGCCAGCGCUAUAGCCCCUACCCGCUGCACGCCAGCGGCUACCAAGGCCUGCUGGCCAUCGUGAAGGCAGCCGUGUCCUCCGGCUCCGGCUCUGCCCCGGCUGCCGCCGGCGCCGCCUCCUCCUCCGGCAAAGGGGUGGUCAAGAGCGUGGAGGGCAAGCGGACGAAGCUGUCCCCUGCGGCCGUGCAGGUGGGCAUCGCGCCCUACCCCGUGUCGAGCACUUUAGGGCCCAGCGCCGCCCCCCUGGGCUACCACGGCGGGCAGAAGCCGUUGGAGGGGCCCGCCCCGCCCCCCAACGUCACGGUGGCGGCUUCGGUCAUCCCCCUGGCCGGGCGCGGGCUGGCGCUGCCGCCCUCCAACCUGCCCUCCAUUCAGAGUAUCAUCUACCAGGUCAACCAGCAGUGCCAGGCCCAGGGCUCCCAGCCGGCCUGCCAGGGGGUCGCGGUCACUCACCCCAGCCCGGCCAAGCGCCCCACGGCGGCCACCCCCGCCGGCUUCUCCGGCAUGGCCGGCUCCGCGCUGGCCUACGCCAGCGCCAUGCUGCCCGACUGUCGCAAGGGGGCCGAGCUAGUCGUAGGGGCCACGCCGGCCAUGGCGCUGGGGGGCCUCAAGGCCGCCGGGUACCCGGACGCCGGCGGCGGCGGCGGCGGGGCCGGCCUGGACUAUUUGCUGUGGCAGCAGAAGCAGCAGCAGCAGCAACAGCAACAGCAGCAGCAGCAGCAGCAGCAGCAGCAGCAACAGCAGCAGCUGCGCAUGUACAGCGGGGGCAGCGGCGGGGGCGGCGCCGUGAGCAAGUCCCCCGAGGCGUGCGGGGCCGCCCCCCGCCCCUACGCGCUGGGCGGGGCGGGGGACAAGGUGAGCUCCUCCCCCUUGAACUGCGUGGGCAUGCACGGCAACUUCGCGGUGGGGCCCUACUUCGCGCCCCCCUGGAACAGCAUCCUGGUCACCCCCAACAGCGACUGUUACAACCCGGGCCCCGAGCUGGGCCCCGGGCCCCGGGAGCUGGCCGUGCACCCCGCCGCCGCCGACGGGCUGGCCGGCCUCCCCAGCAAGACGGUCUGCAACACGUCCAUCCUCAGCAGUAGCCUCCAGUCGCUCGAGUAUCUCAUCAACGACAUCCACCCGCCCUGCAUCAAGGAGCAGAUGCUGGGCAAGGGCUACGAGACGGUGUCCGUCCCCCGGCUCCUGGACCACCAGCACGCCCACAUCCGCCUGCCCGUCUACAGAUAAGGGCCGCGGCCCGGGCCACACGGACAGACCAGGAGGGCGGGAGCCGGGGGAGAGGGCCCUCCUCACCCCCUCCGCCCCCGCGGGCCACCGGUCCAGGCUUCUCCCGGGCCCUGGGAGACCCCGAGAGGCCAGCCGGGAGGGCCGGGCCGCCUGAGCAUUCAGAAGGGGAGAGCCCAGGGGCUGGUCAAUGACUGGGGGGCUUCUUGGAGGAGGAGGCCAGGCAGGAGGUUCCAGAGCCCCCCGGGCGCUGCCAGGCCUCCGCCAUGGUCCAAUCUCUCACUUGCACUGCUUUGCAAAAAAAUUGGGAACCGUCUAGAGAAAGCAAAAGAAACCACUUGGAAAACAUGGCUGGCGCCGGCUCUGUGUGGCCCCUCCUGCCCACUUUGGUGUCGGGCUGCUACCGGGAUGGUCUUCAUCCAAUCCUAGACUGGAUCGGUGGGAAACUGGAAGGGUGGGGGCGGGGGAGGGGCCAGACUGUGCCAUCUUUGCCACCUCCUUGACUCCCUGGCCCUCCCCCCACAGUCCUCUCCGGAUGCCAUUCCCCAUCCCCCAGCCUUCUUGGCAGAAAUGAAAGAGCCACCAGAAGAGGCCCCACGACUGUCCUGUUCCUACCCCUCCCUCUUCCUCCCCUGGGCGAGCCAUGACAUCUUCCCCCUGGCCCCGGGGCCUCCCUUCUGAGGCAUCUCAGCCAGGGUCACCGGAGCCUUUGCUCAGUCUCCAGGCCCUUCUGCCCAUUGGCCAUCCUCCUCCUCCUCCCCCCUCACCCAGUAGGAAUUAGAGACACAUUAGAUUUUCGAAGCCCAGGAUCCAUCCUCCCUGUCCUGUUGGUCAUCUUGAUUUCCUCCCUCAGAUUUUUGUUUUUCUGAAAUUUAAAAAAAAAGCCCCCCUGCCCUGCCUUCCCCUCCACCACCCCCCAUGCCACCAACCAAGUUUGUGGCUUUAUUUCCUGGUCCUUGGGUAUUUAUUUUCCAUUUUCUUGGAACGCCCCACCCCACCCGCAGUCCAUUCCCCAUGUCUGUCGGUAGAGUGGGGAGCCUAGAAUCCCAGGGGGGCUGCGUUCGAGAACACCCCUCUCCUUGCCCUACCUCCUGUCCCCUCAGGCCCCAAGCUCUUCCUCUCUUCUUCCCCUCUCGCUCUACAGUCGUGCUCAGACAGAAAGCGUUCUUUCUGCAAGGCCUGUGCAAGCACUAAGUGCAUUUACAAAUCUCUGAGAAUGUUUUUUGUACUAAAAUUGACCAUUAUAUUCUACUGUGAGAAGUGCUGUCUGCACUAUAUUGUUUUAAAAAGAGAAAAAAAACAACAAAGAAAAUGCGGAUGUGUCUC